GACAAUAUCAUGUGACGCUUUCUUUAAACGCGGAUGAUGUGCCGUAAAGACAUGUUUUCCUGUCACUUCAUUACGACUGUUAUUGUUUCUUAUUUUCUUCUCACCAGUAAGACAGAAGCUCCGAGCCCCAUGAAUGUGAGCGUGACUGUGGAUGCGGUCCCUUUGGCGGGACGCUCAGAGGUUACUUUGGCGACCUGCACAGCUUCCACAGCGCAGUCUGCUGCUGAGUUGUCAUGGCAUUUGGGCACUUUAUCUGAUUCUGUGAAGCUAUCGACCAGCACUGUGAAACAUCUGGAUGGGACGUUGACUGUCAAAAGCAGUCUGAUUGCUACUCCGACUGUACAGAUGAAUCAACAGCUUGUCAAGUGUGUGAUCAGACAUGCAAUGUUGAAAGAGGAACUGAGGAUUGAUCACAAGAUCGUUGUGCACUAUCCCCCUCAGCUGGUCUUUGUGACCCCGUUCCAAAAUCUCUCUAAUACUGAAGUGUAUCAGUGUGAGGCAGAUGCCAAUCCUCCAGCUACACACUUCAGAUGGCACAGCACACACCAUAUUAUCCCCAAUGAUGCCAUUAAAACAGAAGGAAAUAAACUCUUCUUCUUGAAACUGACAUCUGACCUCAGUGGCCUGUAUAUCUGUGAAGCUUCAAACGAGUAUGGUGCAGGAAUCGGCUCACUCUACUGGCAAAAAGGAGAAAAGACAGAAGCCUACCAUUCUGAGCUUUGAGUCCUUCAUCCUGUAUGUAAUUUGGAUUAAACUUCAUCAUGGAUAUAAGAA